ACUGCACUUUGCCAGUUUUAAGACAUGGGACAGUCUUGCUCACGUUCACGUGCACGCGCUCUCAAGUGGUCAAGACUUCAAGUGUGGGUAUUUGGACGCAGCCCUCAUGCUGAUGUUUGACGACCCCGCCCAGUCAGGUCAGCCUAUAGGAGCAGCAGGAGUACAACAGUCCUAACUGAGUAACGCAGCCGCAAGGACGGGCACUCACGCACUCACGGUGGUCUCAGCGGAGAACGCUGCUUUAAUUUUAAAGGGAACAUGAUUCCAGUGACAGAAUUCCGACAGUUUACAGAACAGCAGCCGGCGUUCCGGGUUCUAAAACCAUGGUGGGAUGUGUUUACAGACUACUUGUCUGUGAUUAUGCUCAUGAUAGGCGUGUUUGGGUGCACUCUGCAGGUAAUGCAAGACAAAAUCAUAUGCCUUCCUCAAAGGACAAAUCAGACGGAGCUGAUGAACCCAUCUGUUCCCUUAACUCCUGUGUCCUCAGUGACUGUUAGAGAGCUGAAAGGACUGAAGACCAACUUGGAUAUCCAGCAAUACAGCUACAUAAAUCAGAUGUGUUAUGAAAAGGCACUGCAUUGGUAUGCCAAGUACUUUCCUUACCUGGUUCUCAUACAUACCAUCAUUUUCAUGGUGUGUAGCAAUUUCUGGUUUAAAUUUCCUGGCUCUAGCUCGAAAAUUGAGCACUUUAUAUCCAUCCUGGGCAAGUGCUUUGACUCUCCAUGGACUACAAGAGCUUUGUCUGAAGUUUCGGGGGAAAACCCUGAAGAGAAAGACAACAAAAAGAACAGUGCUAGUAGGUCAGACCUCAAUAUUCCAGCUACUGAGGGCAACUUGGAGAUGACUCAAUCUCUCAGAUCCAUUCCUGAAAAAAUAGUAGUCGACAAGCCAGCUCCAAGCGUCCUUGACAAGAAAGAGGGCGAGCAAGCCAAAGCCUUGUUUGAGAAGGUCAAAAAAUUUCGCCUUCAUGUCGAGGAGGGUGAUAUAUUGUACAUGAUGUAUGUCCGUCAGACCGUUGUAAAAGUAUUCAAGUUUAUCCUUAUAAUUGCUUACAGCAGUGUGCUGGUGUCAAAGGUUAAGUUUACUGUAAGAUGUACCGUGGACACACAGGAAAUGACGGGUUACCAGCAUUUCUUUUGCAAUCACACAACGGCCCACUUGUUCUCUAAGCUUUCCUACUGUUACUUGUGUUUUGUGAUCGUUUAUGGACUCACAUGCCUUUAUACGUCCUAUUGGCUGUUCUAUCGAUCUCUAAAAGAGUACUCGUUUGAAUAUGUAAGACAAGAGACUGGAAUUGAUGACAUACCAGAUGUGAAAAAUGAUUUUGCUUUCAUGUUACAUAUGAUUGAUCAGUAUGAUCCCUUGUACUCCAAGAGGUUUGCCGUGUUUCUGUCCGAGGUCAGUGAAAACAAACUUAAACAGCUUAACCUCAACCAUGAGUGGACAGCUGACAAGCUCAGACAGAAGCUGCUGACGAAUAGCAACAACAGGCUUGAGCUUCAGCUCUUUAUGCUUUCUGGGCUCCCAGAUACCAUCUUUGAGGUAACAGAGCUGCAGUCUUUGAAGCUGGAGAUCAUUAAUAAUGUUACCAUACCAGCAGCCAUUGCCCAGCUUGAGGAUCUCCAGGAGCUUUCGCUGUACCAGUGCUCCCUCAAGAUCCACAGUGCAGCCACCUCGUUCCUCAAAGAGAACUUGAAGGUGUUGCGAGUGAAGUUUGAUGAUAUGCGCGAACUUCCACAGUGGUUGUACGUGUUGCGGAGCUUGGAGGAACUCCAUCUGAUUGGAGCUUUGAGUUCUGAUGCAUCAAAGAAUGUAACGCUAGACUCUCUGCGAGAGCUUAAAUCGUUAAAGAUCCUGACACUGAGGAGUAACUUUACCAAGAUCCCUCAGUCUAUUGUAGACGUUGCCAGCCAUCUACAGCGUCUCUGUAUUUGCAAUGAUGGCACCAAGCUGGUCAUGCUAAACAACCUGAAAAAGAUGGUGAAUCUCAUAGAACUCGAGUUGGUGCACUGCGACCUGGAACGAAUACCACAUGCCAUUUUCAGCCUAAGUAAUCUGCAGACAUUAGAUCUGAAGGAGAACAAUAUACGUUCCAUUGAAGAAAUUAUCAGCUUCCAGCACCUCCGUAAACUGAUCUGUUUGAAGCUUUGGCACAAUAGCAUCACCUUUAUACCUGAACACAUCAAAAAGCUUGGCAGCUUGGAGCGCCUCUACCUUAGUCACAAUAAGAUUGAGGUCUUGCCAUCACACUUGUUCCUCUGCAACAAACUGCGCUACCUCGAUCUUUCGAACAAUGACAUCCGCUUCAUCCCACCUGAGGUAGGAGUUCUUCAGAGCCUUCAAUACUUCUCUGUUAGUUGUAACAAAAUCGAAAAUAUUCCGGACGAACUCUUCUUCUGUAAGAAGCUAAAAACUCUCAAGCUUGGCAGGAAUGCGCUGUCCAUCCUCUCACCAAAGAUUUCUUACCUAAGUGCACUGACUCACUUGGAGUUAAAGAGCAAUCACUUUGAGUCCUUGCCAGCUGAACUAGGCUGUUGUCGAUCCUUGAAGCGGAGUGGACUUGUGGUAGAAGAUGCGCUGUUUGAGACGCUGCCCUCUGACAUCAGGGAACAGAUGCAAACAGAGUGAUAUUCCAUUGCUUCGCCUUAAUUCCAAAUGUUUCAGUCUUGCUCCUUAAAGGGACACUCCACUUUUA